CUUUUGCAUCCUUCUUCUCUCGGUCCUCCUGCUGUGUGUUAUGGUCCUGCGUGUAGAUUACGGCCACGCUUCUCGACGAAACGCGUUCAGUUGACUUGCGGCUUUUGCGGUUGGUAGAUCGUGUGCAGGAUCAUUCACCAUCAGCUCUUACUUUUACGCGAAAACGUGGUAGCAGCUGACAGGCAGGAAGGAAGGACGUUUCGUCAGGAAGUUGUGUGUGGAUUCAUCAGGUGACUUUUGUGAGGUACUUCUGAUCUAGGGCAGAAAGGAUCUGGUGACCUUGUAGAACAUCCUUCAGAGAACAGACUUUCAAGAUACACGAAGGAACGGAAUUUUUGAGAAACUCCAUCUUCAUUGGAUAAAAGAGGAUGAACAAAUAAUUUGAGCUGUUGAGAAGGACGAAGGUGAAUCACAUAAUAGUUGGAGUCGACAUUAUCGCAGCUUUUGAACAUGAAAUGUCUUGUCGAAAUGUGCAAUGAAGAGUAGAAACAUUCAAUACUGAUUAUGCACAGUACGGAUAAUGGAUCUGAUUCCGGUGGCGAUCAACCAACCAACGGAAGAGCUUCGAUGGCGCUGUCGGGUCCAACGCCAGUGCCUGUAUCCACAACACCUAACAACACGUCAUCUACAGGGAGUUCCACCAAGGAAUGUGCAGGGUGUGGAAAAAGAAUAGCCGAUAGGUUCCUGCUCAAAGCCCUGGAUCUUUUCUGGCACGAGGAUUGUCUCAAGUGUGGUUGCUGCGAUUGUAGGCUAGGAGAAGUUGGAUCAACUUUGUAUACGAAAGCGAACCUGAUACUUUGUAAACGAGAUUACUUAAGAUUAUUUGGCACAACAGGAUAUUGCGGAGCUUGCAAUAAGAUAAUCCCAGCUUUCGAGAUGGUUAUGAGAGCGAAAAGCUUCGUAUACCACUUGGAAUGUUUCGCCUGUCAACAAUGCAAUCAUAGGUUUUGUGUAGGAGAUAGAUUCUACUUAUGUGACAAUAAAAUUCUGUGUGAAUAUGACUACGAAGAAAGACUGGUUUUCGCCAAUAUGGCCUACAAUCCAAGUAGUUUGGCGCAUAUCAGAAGGCAAGUCAGUAACUUACAGUCGGCAGGAGACAACCUAAAGAAUAUAGCUCAAGUAAGACAUCUGACCAGCCCGUCCUGUUACAGCGAGAAGAACUUGGACCUAGCAGGCCAACAGCAACAGCCCAUUAGCAGCAUUCCUGCAGGUACUCCAGUCCAUCGUGACGAUGUGAGCAGUGGAUAUGGCAGCCCUGAUUCCGGUACUUUUGACUUGACCGCGUCUCAGCCACCAUGACAAAGGACAAAUACAAGGCGAAGGAGAAGGCAGACUAAAAGUGCUUUUUUGUCGUUGGAUAGUGUAGUGCCACAAGAUCUCAUACGUGCUAGUCUAAUACGUUGCCAAAUGAACUCUAUCAAUUCGAACUGUUAACGUCCAGGAGAAUCUUCGAAGCUGAAAAGUGACCCGCAUCUUAAUUCUCAAAUGGAAGAAUAUUUUUAACACCCACAUAUCUCGGACUUUGAAAUGUUGAAAAAUAAAACAUUCUUCAGGAGCAGAUUAAACGACAUUUGUAGGUACUUUGACUUAUUCACGAAUCAAUUCCAAGUAAAUAACUACCGUAUACUCGAAUUAAAUUUGCCAUUACAAGAACCUCAAGGUUUGAAAUGAAAUAAUUUCGUCGAAGAACAUGAAAUGGGAAAAAAAUAGAGUGCAAUAAAAUUCUUUCGAUGUAAUCUAUAACUUUCUCUGUGGAAUGGAAAAAAAUCGCUUUAUCAAAAUGGUUUUGAAAAUCAUAAUGAAAAAUCUUGGUCUCUUACAAAAACGAAAAUAUAAAUACAUAUAUAGACUUUCCAAUAUUUUCCACUGAAAUACACUGCGCAAAAAAAUUAACGCACAUUCUGAAAAUCUCAAUUUUAAUGAAAGUUAACUCUACAUUGACUUUAUAACUUA